AUGUCCUAUUUCCUAUUUUAUUCUCUUAUAAUAUCCGUCAUCAUCGCGGGAACAGCACUCUAUCUCACUCGGUCACGAUGGAUCCAUCUACUACCAGUCCCUGAUUACCUCUACCACCGCCUUCCCUCCAGCUUCACGGCCGACUUGGAGACCGGCUUGAGUUCCUCACAAUUCGACAUUACGGCUAAUGUGGCAGAUGGGGAUACCCGGGCCGGACUGGAUCAAACAGCAAAGCGGGAGAUUCAAAAGAUCAUGAAGGCCCGAAAGGUCAACUUUGAUGAGGCCCGCCGGAUCUAUACCGAGCAACGAUUCGCAAGGAAUAAUAUUGGCCCCGAUGGUCGACCCCGAGAUCCCAAAUUUGUCUCAUUCUCAUGA